CAGUUCUGCAGUUCUACGUGGUCCCAGGAAAUGUAAACAUGCACAGAUAAUUUUUCUCUAAUUUUCUAUAUUUGGUGCAUAUAGCCUAAUAUUUUUGUUGCACCCAUGUAUUAAUGAAAAUAGAAUACAUUUUAACAUUGUUUAAGUGACUACAAUAUCCAUAACUUCGGUAAUUUUGUUUUAUGUCACUGCAGUGAAGAUAGGCAGAAGCGUCGUCAAGCGCUGUAGAAUUUCAAGUCCGCUAAUGGCGGACGCUAAUAAUUUUGGAAGUUUCGUGAUUCUAUUGUUCUGUUUUUAAGAAUUUCUCUAAUUUUUAUAUUCGGGAAUGAGUUUUCCUAUAAGUGAUCUCGUCCGCAGUGUUAUAAAUGUGCCAGUGAUAUGAAAUGUUCGGUGUGAACAUGACAAAAGCGCCCGCUAGAUAUGUAACCUUUUCCAUAACCUCGUUUACGCGAAUGGAGUAGAUAUGUGAUCGAUGUGUGUGCAACGGUGAACGAUUUUUCGUCAGAUUCGCGUUACAAUAAGUGCGAAGUUAUUCGUCAUUUUAGUGAUGGAAGUGUCCGCGUCGCGGUUUUGCAAUCCGACGCCCGUUUUCGAUGUAACGUAAGUGAGCCGGUCGAUCGCUAAAGCCAGUGUAAGCAGGGACGGCCGCCACCAGCCUAACAUGGCUGCGACGCAGGCAGAGUCUCAGCGGAGCGAUGCGAACGUAGACCAGGUUCCGUCGGAGCAGCUCAGUGACUCGCGGAACGUUCUGUUACAAAACGGCACCGACAAGACCGUCGGGCGCGUUCCGCCCGAUGGCGUCGUGAACACAAAGAGUAAAUCGCCGAUGUCGGGCGAGCCGGGCGCGCCGCGCGACGCUGGCGAGGCGCCGGGCCACGAGCGGGGCGGCGAGCGCCCGAUGCCCGACCAGUACGGCGCGUACCGGUACCCGGAGGGCGCGGACCCGUACUACGGCCAGAGGCCCGGGUUCCCCGGCAAGCCGCGGCCGCCGCCGCAGCAGCGCUUCUUCCCCGGACAGGCGGUGUCGCAGGCGCCGGGCCCGACGCCGACGCUCAACUCGUUGCUGCAGUCGAGCGGCGCGCCGCCGCACCGCUAUGCCAACAGCUACGAGCAGCCGCCGGCCGGCUAUGGGCCCGCGCCCGCCUGGCCGCCGCCGCGACCCAUGCCGCCCUACAACCCGCAAGGGAGCCCGUACAGGAAUUCAACCCCUCCGCGCGGCUACGGCGGCCCUCCGUACGGCCAGGGGGCUCCCGGCGGGCCGCAGCAGCCGCCGGGCGCGUACGGUCCGCCGGGCUCCUACCCGCCUCGGUACCCGCCCCCGCCGGGGCCACCAGGCGCGCCCAACUCGAGACCGCCCUUCUCACCACACCAGGGCUACGAGCGCGGCGGCUCGCCCCAGCCGCCGACGCACCCGCCGGGCGCGCCCAGCCCCGGCUCGGCGCCGAGCGCGCCCGGCGGCAUCUCGCCCACGCAGGACUCGCAGCACCCGCCGCACGCGCUGCCGCCGCACCAGGGCUACCCUCCACCUCCUAGGCCUGCUCAGCCGUCCACACCAAACGCUCACGAUCAAGAUUCGGAUCUGACCGGUCAGAACAGCAAUGACUCGGGCGGCAGCGGCGGCGCGGGGCGCGCUACCACGCCGCACUUGAGGCCCACGCCGAGCCCUACCGGCUCGAGCGGCUCGCGAUCCAUGUCACCGGCUGUCGGUACCCAGAACGUACCGAUGCCGCCGCGGCCGUCGUCGUCGUUGUCGGACGGUGGCGGGCCCGCCGCGCCGGGCCGCCCGGGCUCUGGCGCAGGCCCCCCGCCGUCGGGCGCACCGCCGCCGGGCGCCAUGCUACCGCAGCCCUACCCGCACCACGGGCCGCCCUACAAGCCGGCGCCCUACCCGCCGCAGCAGUACGCGUACCCGCCACGGAACCAUCACCCCUACCCCUACGGCGGCUACAGGCCUACGCCGCCGCCGCACCCAUCACAACACUACCCACCGCUCAAGCAAGCGGGGCGGCACAUGGGCCCGCCCGGCGAGGCGAUGCCGCCGCCCACGGCGCCCGGCGAGUCGCACGACAACGGGCCCGCCGCGCCCGCCACCGCGCUCGUCACCACCGGGCCCGACGGCGCGCCGCUCGACGAGGGCAGCCAGCAGAGCACGCUCAGCAACGCGUCCGCCGCGUCAGGCGAGGAGCCGUGCGGCACGCCGAAGAGUUCGCGCAAAGAGUACGGGCCGGGCAGCGCGGCACCGUCGCCGUCGCCGGGCGGCGCGUCGCACUCGUCGGCGCACGACGACUACGACGCCGCGCCCUCGCCCUGGCCGCGCCCGCCCUCUAGUCCCGUGUUUAACAGUCACAUACCGCAGGAGUCCUACAGAUCAAAGUUGACCCAGAAGUCGGACUCGCUGGGCAAGCUGUACGAGAUGGACGACGCGCCCGAGCGCCGCAGCUGGGUGGAGCGGCUGCUGGCGUUCAUGGAGGACCGGCGCACGCCCAUCGCCGCCUGCCCCACCAUCAGCAAGCAGCCGCUGGACCUCUACCGGCUCUACCUGCUGGUGCGCGACCGCGGCGGGUUCGUUGAGGUGACGAAAAACAAAACGUGGAAAGACAUCGCGGGCUUGCUCGGCAUCGGCGCGUCAUCGUCAGCGGCGUACACGUUACGGAAGCACUACACCAAGAACCUGCUGGCGUACGAGUGCCACUUCGACCGCGGCGGGAUCGACCCGCAACCCAUCAUCAACCAGGUGGAAGCGUCCACGAAGAAGAAGAGUGGCAAGUCCAAUAGUACGUCUAAUGCAGGGUCAUCAAAUUCACAAGAGCAGUUCGGGGCGGGCGGCGCGGCGCAGGGCGGCGCCCCCAUGGACGGCUACCCCGCGCACUACGCGCCCUACCCGCCGCAACCCAACCAGCCGCAAGGCGGCGGGCCGGGCGGCGACAACCUCGCCGCCUCCAACCCUUUCGACGAGCCGCCGGGGCCCAGGCGACCCCCAGGUUACCAGCAAGGUUACGGCUACGAAUACGGUCCCUCCUACCCCGCGAAUAGGCCGGUGUACCCACCCUAUGGUCCUGAGGGGGAUCGGGGUUACGCGUCCGGCGGCGAGUACCGGUACGGCGGGUACGGCGGGUACCGCGCGGGCGCGCCCCCCGCCCCGCCCGCGCCCCCCGGCGGCGCGCAGUCCCCCGCCGCCGCGCCCGCGCCGCCCGCCUCCCCCGCGCAGCCCUACCCCGACUACUUCCGCGCGCAGCAUCCGCACCAUCCGCACCCGCACCCGCAGCAUCCGCCGCCGCAUCCGCCGCACUCGCCACAACAACCGCACGAGAUGUCCGGCGGGGCCGCGUGCGGCGCGGGCAUUAUGGGCUCGCAGCUCGCGCGGCAGCUGGUCGCGCCGCUGCCGUCGCCCGCCCGCCCCUACGGCGGCGCGGGACCCGGCGCGCCGAGCGCGGCGGCGGCGGGCGUCCCCCGGCGGCACCCCGACUUCGCCAAGGCGGAGGGCGGCUUCCCCCCCAACGCGGGCGCGGCGGGCGGCGCGCCCACGCGGUUCGCGGGCGGCGCGUGGGCCGGCGCCUUCCCGCGCGCCGCGCCCGCGCCCGCCUGGCGCCCGCCCGCGCCGCUGCCGCACCCGCCGCUGCACCACCAGCCGCCCUGGCCGCCGCAGCAGCACCCGCACCAGCCCUACCACCCGCCGGGCGCUACUCCGAGCGUGGGCCAGAUAAAACGAGAAUUAACGUUCCCCCCCGAGUGCGUAGAGGCGACCGUCCCCGCCGCCGAGAAGCGACGGCGACUGACGAAAGCCGACGUGGCGCCCGUCGACGCGUGGCGGAUCAUGAUGGCGCUCAAGUCCGGCCUGCUGGCCGAGACCUGCUGGGCGCUGGACAUCCUGAACAUCCUGCUGUUCGACGACAACUGCAUAGGAUACUUCGGCCUGCAGCACAUGCCGGGCCUCCUCGACCUCCUGCUGGAACACUUCCAGAAGAGCCUCAGCGACGUGUUCGACGCGCCGGCGACCGAGAGCGAGCCGUGGUACGCGGCGCCGGCGAGCCCCGAGCCCGUCGCGAAAGCGAAACGAAGAGUGGAGCCGCCCGACCCGGCCGACCGCGUGCGGCUCGUGGCGUGCGAGAACUUCACGCUCGAGUCGCGGCGGCGCCUGCCCGUCACGCUGGCGGCGCGGCCCGACGACGAGCUGUUCGCGCCCGACGACGACGAACCCGACCGCGACGUCGGCGACGUGACCGAGCCGUGGCAGCUCAGCGGCGACUCGGCCGCGCACGUCAUCCCCUGCCCGCGCGGCGAGCUGGUGCACCUGCGCUUCGUGCGCGUGCUGCCCGGCGCGCGCGCGCCCUCGCCGCCCGCGCCCGCCGCGCCAUCGCCCGCCGCGCCCGACGGUGACAACCUGGAGGCCGAGCCCAUGGAGCUGGAGCCCGAGCGCCGGCCCGCGCUGCAGGUGCGCGACCCCGCCGGCGUGCUCAAGCGGCGGCGGCUCGAGGACUACGAGGACGAGUGCUACACGCGCGACGAGCCCAGCCUCAACCUCGUGAGCGACACGCGCGACGCGCUGGCCAAGCGCUGCGUGGCGCUGUCCAACAUCCUGCGCGGGCUCACGUUCGUGCCCGGCAACGAGGCCGAGUUCUCGCGCUCCGGCGCCUUCCUGGCGCUGGCCGGCAAGCUGCUGCUGCUGCACCACGAGCACGCGCCGCGGGCGGCGCGCGCGCGGGCCUACGAGCGCGCGGCGCGCGACGAGGCGGACGCCGAGCCCUGCUGCUCCAGCCUGCGCGGCGCCGGCGAGUGGUGGUGGGACACGCUGGCGGCGCUGCGCGAGGACGCGCUGGUGUGCUGCGCCAACAUCGCGGGCGGCGUGGAGCUGGCGGGGCAGCCGGAGGCGGUGGCGCGGCCGCUGCUGGACGGGCUGCUGCACUGGAGCGUGUGCCCCGCGGCCGUGGCGGGCGACGCGCCGCCGGGCGCGGGCGCGGGCUCGCCGCUGUCGCCGCGGCGGCUGGCGCUGGAGGCGCUGUGCAAGCUGUGCGUGACGGACGCCAACGUGGACCUGGUGCUGGCCACGCCGCCGCGCGGGCGGCUGGCGGCGCUGUGCGCGGGGCUGGCGCGCGACCUGUGCCGGCCCGAGCGGCCCGUGGUGCGCGAGUUCGCCGUCAACCUGCUGCACUACCUGGCGGGCGCGGGCGGCGGCGCGGCGCGCGAGGUGGCGCUGCACGCGCCGGCCGUGGCGCAGCUGGUGGCCUUCAUCGAGCGCGCCGAGCAGACGGCGCUGGGCGUGGCCAACCAGCACGGCGUGGCGGCGCUGCGCGACAACCCCGACGCCAUGGGCACGUCGCUGGACAUGCUGCGGCGCGCCGCCGCCACGCUGCGCCGCCUGGCCGAGCGCGCCGAGAACCGGCCGCUGCUGCGGCGCCACGAGCGGCGGCUGCUGUCGCUCGUCAUGUCGCAGAUCCUGGACCAGAAGGUGGCGCACGAGCUGGCGCACGUGCUGUUCAGCUGCAGCCAGCCGGCCGACCAGUGACCCGGCCGGCUCGACCCGCGCGCGGUGCCCGCUCUGUACAUAUAGUCGUACUGGCGCCCGGCAAACGGCUCACGGCAAACGGCUCACGGCUGACGGCAAAUGUGCUAACGUCGAUUUCUAUUGUUCGAUUGAGAAACAGAUGUAUUAUAACUCGUAAUUUUGAUUUUUAUAAUAAAAAUGGGACUUGAAUCUGUUUAUUGGUUUUAUGAUGGAGAUUUUAUACAGAGUACCUUAGCGCCUCGGCGGCGAGGCGACUGUGAGGAGCUUAUGUGGGCUAUAAGUUUUAGUUAAGUUUAAUGUGAAUUAUUACAAUAAUCUAUAAUAUAUUGAAAUUGAAUCUGA